UGGUCUUUGUUUAACUGCUGUGUGAUACUGGACGUCAGCAUCGAAAUGGGCAAUGAGAACAGCAGUGCAGAGAAUCAGAGCACUCCACAAGAUUCCGAAUGGGGCCUGCCUCCUGGUCAUGGGCAUGAUUUAAGAGGAAGCCCUCAGGAAAACAGCAUGGAAAGAUCUGGAGGUCGGGACAUCUCAGAUCUUCUUCCUCCUGCUGUGCAACUGGCUGAGAGCAUAUCCCUAUCAGUUCCAGGACCUCCAAGCGUCGUUAAGGAAGGCAUCAGUAGCUACAGUGCUGAAGAUCUACCCAACCCAAACUCAAGCAUGGUGUCUGCAGAGGUGACAGGACAGAACACGAUCUUGCACGAACCUGGAGGACAAACAGGCUCUGAUCUCUUAAUGCAGGCUGCAGGGGCCAGAGGGAGAAGUCUGCCUAUCCCAGUGCCUCCUGCAGGCUCUGCCAAAGAACAUGUCACAGCAGAUCUCACAAGCAGCAGUGACAAGGUACCCACCUCAGAUUGCAGUGAAGCUGUGCCAUCACCAGCUCCAGUGGAUGACAAAGAGGAGGGAAGGGCACAUGAUGAAUGUGUGGAUAGAGGCCCAAAAUGUGACAAUAUUGCUGCCACUUCUAUGAAGAAUGGUGAGAAUGAUCCCAGGAACCCAAACCUGGGGCCCAGCCCUCCAGCAGCUAUUGCAGAACUGCAAGGAGUCCUACCAAGGAGUUUGAGUGAAUUAGGAUUGCUCCAGCAGAGUGAACAGCUGGGUGGCAGGAGGGAACCACAUGUCAGCACGUUUCCCCAGGGUAAAGAGGCAGGAGAUUAUUUUACUGCUCAGGAGGCCGAGCAGGAGCGAGGAGUUUUGGAAGUAGGUCAGCAACAGACUGUAAUGCAGCAAGGUAGACAGAACACAGAUGGUGGAGAGGGUCUGCUAAUGAAAAAGGAAACCUUAAUCCUAAAUUAUCCAGCAACAGGGGGCUCAGACAGUGAAAAAUUUGGAGCAAUUGUGAAUGCUCAGGGCUUCACUGAGAUGAGUGAAGUCUGUAAUCUACAGAUAGGGGCUGUAACAACAGCUAAAGGGGAUGAAGCAAAUCUAGCUGUAUCUGGAAGCAAAAGGGAGCAAUCAGAAGCAUGUACUUUAAUGUCAGAGUUGCCUUCUAACCCUCCAAAUCUCUUCCUGGUACCAAAGCCUGAAGAGCCUUCAAGGGAAUAUGUGCCUGGAAAAGACUCUCAAGAUCCAAUGAGGAGUGAAGCAGUGAAAGCAGCCUCUGAAAAAACUGAACCCAUUUUUCAAAGAGACCUUCAAAAGGCAGAUGAGCUUGUUAGUGCUGAGCAUUUCAGUGUGCCUUCAUCCUUUAAGCAAAAGGAAGAACAAAAAUCAGCUGUCACAACUCAAAGCCAAAAAGAUGAAGCCAGUAGCAAUGAAAUUAUUAAAGCUGAGGAUUUGUCUAAAGAAAGCACCAUACUUUCUGAAACAGAAAGCAUUCUCAGUCCCACCAAGGAAAACUCCCUGAUAGAUAAAAGAUUAUUGAUGGAAGAAGAUGUAUUAAGUACUUCUCUGAGCAGAUCCACAGAGCUGAAUCAAAAAGAAACCAAGGCAAGUCUAACAGGAAAAAAAAAUGAAAUUAGAACAGAGGAGACUCAAGUGACAGAACACAGUGGAUUUCCUGAGGGAUCAUGUGGGGCAGAAAAACAGCUAUUAAACUCUGGUGGUAGCCAGCACCAGCAUGCAGAAAAUACCCACUUGGGACACAAUCUGGAAGAAUUCAGUCUUUGUGAAAAGACUUCAGCAGGUGACCUAGGGGAAGAAGCUGGGGAAAAGCCUCUAGAUUCAGCCAGUACCUUUAAAUUGCCCAGAGACAAUUCACACUCUCUUGUUUAUAAACCUGAACAGCAGAGGAGUACAGAGAGAAGAGCUGCUACAGACAGCCUGGAGAAUAAGCUCAUGGCUUCACCGCAGUCUCUGAGGGAGGAAUGCCCACUGAGCUUUGAUUGCUUUAAGACUGAGGCAGAAGACAGAACUUUGGGGCAGCCAGACUGUAACGGGACUGCUGAGAAGGUUUGUUCAGCUGCUGCACACAGUUCACUGCUCCUCCACUCUAAGAACAAUAAUAUUAAGCAGAGUAAGCAGGAUGAGUCCUGGGAAAAGGCUUUUGCUAGAGAAACUGUGUUGGUAUCUGAAUGCAAAACUGAAAGCCAAGAAAAACCUGAGAGCUAUAGCAAGUCAGAAGAGAGUGCAAAAAUGUCAGAAUCAAAGCUCGAGCUCCAGGGCGUAGAGAAGUUGGCAGGGAGUGUGGAUCCCACGGCUCUGCAACCUGAGGAGGCCUCGUGGAGUCUGGAAACCAGAGAACAGGUUGGUCACAUCACUGAAGUGCCUCACGGUGAUGCAGAGCAAGGACCCGCAGCUGCACAAGGCAGUGCUGUGGAUGGUGAAGAAAAUCAGGGGAUUCAACAGGAGAAGCACCAGACAAGUUCUGUGGGGGACAAAGAUUUGGCACUGGCAAGCGAAUGCAAACUGGAUGUCCUGAGGAGAGCUCAGCUGGAGCAAGGGGCUGCAGAAAGCCCCAGGACUAUGCAGAUGGCUUGUUCAGAAACCUCCCAAGCCGUGGCUGGGACUUCAGGAGUCACUCCCCGGGAAGUUCACGUGGAGGAAGGGGCUGACAGCCCUGCCAGUGAAAGCAGCCACCCCUCUGAGAGUGGCACAUGCAGCUCUUUGGAGAGCCCCAAGUGCAGCACUGGAGAGCUGCAGGAAGAUGCAGGUGUCCCAGCUGCAGAGCCCAUGGAGAAGUCAGGGUCUGUUGCUGGUGACAGUGCCUGGGUUUCAAAAACAGGACUCCAACAACAGAAGCAGCAAAGCAGUUUGACAGCUGUCACAAAAGCAGAUGAUCAGGAACACAAAGAAAGGGCUCAAAAACCUGAACGGCCAUCGGACCUACAUAAUCACAGCAACAUACCAGAAAUACCUCCAACAAUUUCAACCAACCUUAGUAAAGACUCUUCUGUGCCAGAGGCAGCGCUGAUCCAAUGCGACUCUGACACAGCAAAAGAAAAGGAUGAGGAUAAAAGCAGUGCUGUGGUGUCAGAGGAUCUGUGCAGCAGCAAACACAGGCAAAAUAUUCCUGGUGUGACCACACUUAAUUUGCAAGAUAGCAACGAGCAAAACAAAACUGAUCUCAAGGCAGAAGAAAACUGCCACAGUAAGCAAAACUCAGACGAGCCCGAGCAGGGCAAUAAUUCUUUGAUCUCAGCUAGUCAGCAUGAAGCAGCAUGUCAUAGUGAUACGUCUUGUAAAGAAUCUGACAAGAAUGAACAGCCAGGCAGCAUAUGCAGGAUAAAGGAUAAUACUGGUGAAAGCCCUGCUGCUGCUAUGAAUGCUCUUCCAGGGACACAGAAUUCAGCAAGUGCUUUGCCAAGUGACACAGAAAUAGCACAUACUUCUGAUAAUGCUGAGAAAAAUGACCCUCAAAUAUCUUGUCCAGAAACUCAAGGGAAAACACCAUUAAUGGUAAAAAACUUGGAAAAGAUUGAAAAUCUGACUGCUGAUGGGGUAAUCAUCCAGAAAGAUGGCAACAUGGAGAUAAGUUGUGAGGACAGUGCUUCUGUCACAGAAAAAAGCACUGUGAAAAGUGAUAAAAGUCCAGGGGCACAAGGAUCUCCUUCAUCAUUACAAGCAUACAGGGAAGUAAUUCCCCCUGAUAAGUCCUGUAAAUCCAGCUGCAUUCAAAAGCCACCGCAGGAGCCUGGUAGCUGUCAAGAGAAUCCUACAGCCCCCUUUACACAGACCUCUGCACUCAGCCAUCCAAGCCAGCAACCUGGAAACAACACCAACAAUGGCACUGGGGGGGAAUUACUAAAUGAUGAGCUGGAAGUUGUCUCGUGCCAAAAUACCUUAGAAGGCAACUCUGAUUUGCAGAUUGCUGCAGGUUCUCAGGUGUCUGAAGAUCCUUCACCCAGGGCAAGCACAGGUAAAACAGCAAGCUCAGAAAACGGCUCAGCAGGGAGUAUGAGUGUGAAUGAAAAGGAUGUUCCAGGCCAAAGUUUUCAGGGUGAUGGAGACAGAAGUGUAGCCCUACUAGAGACUUUAAACCUGGGGCAGAGUACUGGGAACUUAUCACCAUUCAGUUCUGAGAAGCUGAAGAAAGAGAUAUCUGCAAUUAAAUCCAAAGAAACAAAAAGUGAGGUAAGCUUCAAAGAACAGCAAAGUGACAGUUCAGCAGCGUCUGUGUUAGCUCUCCCUGCUCUAGAAGGGAAGCUGCUGAGUCUUUCAUCUGCUGGUAAACAAGAAGGCUGUAAUGAGGAAAUUGCAACCAAUAUCUGUGUAGAUGACAAGUGCAGUGAGAUCUUAGAGAAAGCUGGGAAUUCAGAAAAACGGGAAGAGCUUUCAAAGGAGAACAAUAACAUAAGCAGGGCAGAGAUUAGUGCUUCCGAGCAGUCUGCAGGGAACUCUGGAAGGGAGCAUGAGGCUCUGACUUGCAGCUCUCUGGACAUUGGCUCCAGCCUCCCAAAUUUUAGGGAGCAUAUCAGCCAGAUAUUUAAAAAAACUGUCCACAGCACAUUGAGUGCUGAAUUACCCCAACUUUUGUCUGAAAACCAUGCAGGCGUCAAGCAGAGUCCAGCAGCCAAGGACAGAGCAGAACUGUGUGGUUCUGAGAACUCUUCAGAACCAAACAAGGUGGGCAAAGGAGAAGCAGAGGGGCAAGAGGUGUCUCUAGCUACCGAGACUUCCCACGGAGCUGCCACGGGCAAAUCUCUGCAUCCAGAAAACACAGUGGCAGAGCUGCCACCAGCAAGUCUCCAAGACACCGAGGAAAACAAGCAGCCCGGUGGCUGUUUCGAAGUGGUCCCUACGUUGGAUGGCGUUACACCUGCUGGACGUGCUCUGGAAAGCCUGCAGAAGGCAGAGAAAACCAUCCAGCACCCAGAGAGCAGUGAGAUGGAAGGAGAGGAAGGCGUGUGUGCCGGUGGCGCUGAUCCCCAGUGGCUAAUAAGCUUAGAGAUAAAGCAGCAAGGGCCAGCUUCAUUUGAUGGGGCAGCAGCUGAGAACUUCCCUGCAGGUUCUGACGGCGAGCAACAACCCGCUGUAGCUGUUCUCUCCACAGGCAGCACACACAAGAGUGACUUAGUAGAUGCUGCUGCCACAGAGGGCAAGAACUUGAUCACAGAGUGUAAUGCAGGACCGGUUUCAUCUGAAGAGGAUGUAAGUCCUGCUGAACAGUGCCUGGAUCCCAAGCCAAAUGACCAGGAGAAAAGUGAGUGUGGUGGUCCAGGCGUUGCUGGGAGCACCUCUGACAUGGCAGCGUCAGCACUCGUCCCGGGAGGCCCUUACACUCACCAGAAGCUGCCGGAGGGUUUGCAGGUGCCGCCCGAGGAGAAUCAGCAGCCAGGCUUCAGCAGCGACCUUAGGCGUGAUGUUAAACCUCAGAGUGGCACGCAGAUGAUACAGGAUGAUCCAGUAAGCAAGAAAUGCUUGGAAACAUCGGAACAUUCACAAGAUGCACAGCAAGAAAAGGUGGCUGUGCGUGGGUUAAUAGAUUACUUAAAAAAUGAAGUAAGCCAGGAGGACUGCUUGCAAACUGGCUCUGAAGUAGAAUCUAGCAACGCGACGGAGGGAGAUGUGAAAGAGAUCAGUGACACAGUGUUAAGCACAGCCAGGAGAGGUAAGGAAAAGACUGGAGACAUCCCUGAAACAGGUACUGCAAGGAUGUUAGUCACUGCUGAGGGUGACUUGGCUGUGAACACGAGCACUGAAGAGCAGGAGACAGACCUGCACGAAAAUCGCUCUCCGGCUGCUCCUGUGUGGGAGCAGGAGAAGCAUUCUGCAUGCCCAGAUCUUCCUGCUGCUGGAAAGCUGCCGAGCAAGAUGAAUUUGGAAUGUGAAAGCUCACUCCAGGAUGCCAAAAGAGACCUGUCACCAGCUGCAUUCACUGAGCCUAAGAGCCUUGACCUCAGUGAACUCCAGGACACGGCUGUGGCAGGAUUACCUACUGAAAG